UCUCGUGUCGCUUCCGGGUGGCCACACACGACUCAUCCAGCGAGCCGUCGUUAUCAUAACGCUGUAAACAAAAGUUACUAAACGGUUUAGCUUCCGCGACACGUUCAACGAAAAGACAUGCAUAUCAAAACAGGUACAUGGGAAGCCAGCAACACCGUGUGUGAGUCCGAUACCCUGUGUGACCCAGCAGUUCUUGUCGCAACCACCAACUCAGAGCCACACAUUCGCAACCGUCGCCUUUCUCCCGGCUCAGGCAACUGUGGAGGUGGUGGUGGUGGCUGCAUCUCCGGAAGUGACCAGCAGCCCCGUCAGCUUUCACCCGAGGGCGACCUGAUCGCACCCGGCCACACGCACACCUUCAGCUUCCGCAGGGAAAAAGAACGCAAAGGCCAGCAGCACAAAGGCCGCAGCCUCCGCAGGGAAAGUCAGAAGGGGGUCGGCCGGAUAAGCGAGCGGCCACAAAAGGUUAACCAAAAGGAGAGGUGGGUGGAGGACAGUCUGUCACUGCUCAAGCCCCCACCUGCCUUCCCAGUGCAGGACAGCCCAGCCAAGCUGCAGCCUGCUGUCAGCUACGCCUCCAAGGUGAAGGCGGGAGCAACAAGCGGCGGGCUGGAGGAGGACCGCCCCGCCAUCGGUGUGCUGCUACAGAACCAGUGGGGUCUCAGUUUCAUCAGUGAGGCGAGGCCGGCCACAGAGGGCUCCAGCCCUCGCCCCGCAGCCAUUGCCCCCCCUCCUCAGCCCACAGACGCUGAACAGUCAGCAGACCUACAGUUGAUCGAGACAGUUCUGACAGUCCAGCCUCCCGAAGAAACGCCUAUUCCAGUCGCUACCUCCAUCACCCCCACCACACGCCAAGAGGUGGACGAGAGCAACGGGAAGCUGCUGCUUAGUUGUCGCCAUCUAGUGGAGGCUUUGAACUAUCACAGUAGAGAAUGGAAUGCUACCUGUAACAAACAGAAAAAAGUUCCAAAAAAGGUCGUCUGGUACAAGGACGCCCAGGAGCACCCAGCCUAGCAGUGUGAGAAACCCAAAGGAUAUAUAAACAUAUAUACAACACACACCUACAUGCACAUUGAAACACGUAAAGAUGGACAAAUUUAUGAGUCCCAUUCACACACACUGCACUCAGGAUGAUGUCUUCACGCAAAGCCACACUGAGACACUUUGGACUAACUCCUUUGAGAUCUUACAGCAAUGGACUUUUUUAACGCCUUACAGAAAGCCUGCCUUAAUUAAUCAGACCUGUUUUCAUCGCCUCUCAUUACCAUUUUUAGCUUGUAUGUGUAGAGCUGGUCUUUUUUAAAGGAAACAAUCUCUGAGGAGCUGUAAUUUAAUUUCCCCUCCUUUUGAAAGCUGCAGUUUUAUCACUUUGUCCUCUGUAAAGCGAGUGGUCAAUCAAGCACUUUGUUAAAUCUGUUGUGACCAAUCUCCGUGUGCGAGAAACCCUCACCAGAGUGAUUUAUUUCCCCCCUUUUCAAUUAAAACCAGAAGAAUGUCUUGUACCUGCUUGAGUUUUAUGGUUAAUGUAUGCAGAGGACUUGUGUAUCCGUGUCUUCAGUUUACAGAGGGGUAUAGUCAAAGGCACAGUAGAGUUCACCCUUUACCCCGUCGGAUCUUAAUGCUGUGUCCGUUUUUCUUUUUUGUUUUUAUUUGGUUCCCUAAUCGGGCGAAUGUUACUCAUGAAUCCAUAAGGGAUCUCACCAUGUUCAGUAUGUUGAUUUUUGAGAAGAAAAUUUAUUGAAUUAAAAAAAAAAUUACACUGGAGAAAGAGGAGGAAUGUAAGUGAACAGUAUUGCUUAAUAAAAAUGAAUAAACUUGA